AUGCAUGAUCCAAGCUUCGUCAAGCAGCCAGAUACGGCGUUAGCUGCUGCAACUGCAGCGCUCAGGCGUGCCGGCCACAUCGGCGUGGCGUUUCGUUCGCCAAACCGUCUCCAGGCGCGUAUGCAAGGCCGUUUUGGCUGCUUCCCCCUCGAGCCCAAAAGCUGCAGACGACCGGGCAAUAGCUUUGGGUUUUUAAUUUACGGGCUGCAGUUUUUGCUUUCUUGGACUGCGGGGAAGAAGGAAGCCAACUUGAUGGCUGAAUAUGCACAAUUGGGCUGGGGUCGUAACGCAAUAUACAGCGCCAUAACCAAACACUGA